UUAGAUAGAGCCAACCCCCGAAUCCUCCGUUAUUUUUUUUGGUGUUCCGAAAAUGUUUUUUGUGAUCUGCCUGGUGCUGUGUAUCACUGUAUCGGGAUCCGGACAGCCCCACGCCCGUGCCAGCGAUCUUUACUACACGGACAUCACCGCCGUAACCGAUGAAACGCGAUACACCACCCUCAAUCCGGACGUAACGCUCACCGAGAUGAACAAGGUGAAGCACACCAAGGGCAACAUUGUAUUUACCUCGGGAGAGCGGACUUCCGGCGACCGGCUCAUUGUGAACCACUACGAUGACGAGAGCUUCCCCAACCCCAAGGACAUCGAGGUGCUGAUGAGCUAUCCGGCCGGAGCCAGCACCGGAGUCACGCUCACCUGCAUCGAGGUCUACGUGGACCAGUCGGCGGACGAUGCCGGCGGCUAUUUGAGCAAAGGUGGCAUCGGCCAGACCAACGUAGAGAUCCUGCUCACCUCCAACCUGACCCGUAGCUUCGUCUACGAGACGUUCAUCUACGGCUACUAGGGCAGCCAGCCCCACCAGCUCCUCUCCCAGAACUUUCAGCUACAAUAAAUGUUUCGCUUGGAACCCAACUGUGAUCGUGAACUCGAGACCCUACCCCUGCCUUUCUGCCCAGAGUAUUAUUAGU